GGAGAAAGACCCAAUGGAUGGCCUAAUCAAUUAGGCGCGGAUUUGCCCUUUGGUUGAGAGAGCUGUUGCCCCCAAUUUUUUUGAAUUUUGACCUAAAUUUGAAUAAAUUUUUCCACAAAAUUUCCCUUAACGGCUACAGCGGAGAAAUAUGGCUAAAGCAAAGCAUCAAAAGCCCAAACCUAGCAAAGAACCCAAACAGCCCCACAUUAAAAGGCGGGGGAAGCAAGCCGAUACAUCUGAUUUCCGGGCUCAGCUCGAUGUUUUGGGCCUGAAGAUCAUUGAAGUUACUGCGGAUGGUAAUUGUUUUUUCAGGGCGUUGGCUGAUCAAUUGGAAGGCAAUGAGGAUGAGCAUGAGAAGUAUCGGAAUAUGGUUGUUCGUUGGCUUUUUUAG